AUGGGCGCACAUGCCUGUGCCGCUUACCCCCUAGACCAACGCCUCAUAAAAUACGCCAGCCCUUCAGUUGCAGGAAUGCAGAUGCGUGCUGCAGCAGACUGGUGGUGGCUUUUGACGGAGCUUUGCCCCGGGGCGCUCCUCAUCGUCCAAGUCAAGUGCGCGGCCUCCCACCGCCGAUCUUCAUGCCGAAAACCCUAUGGAUAUGCGGUGAUGUCCGUGUUCGUCAAGACCGAGAAGGAGAGACCGAGAAGAUGCUUCCUCUGUGUCGGAAAGGCGCUCUCCUUGGCACCGGAUGAUCCGGAAGCACAAGACCUCAUUCAUGAAUUCUACACGUCCGGGGAUUUGAGUAAGCACUUCCGGCGUAAACACUUGUCGAAUCUGCGGGACGGCGACGAGAUCGAAUGUCAGGAUCAAUAG